UUCAAUAUUCCAAUUUUUUCUUUUUCUUUUUUUGUUACACCACAUACUUACACUGCCAUUCAUUACUCUCAGUUCAACAGAAUCCAGCGAGUUUCAUUCAUCAGUUUAUAUAGAAACAAACAGAACACAUCAAACCUCAAAGAAGCUUCUCUUCAUCAACGCUUAAAAGAACUUUUUUUUUCCCUCCACUGUUAAAUUCUGAUUCUCCAUUCUUAGUUUCUGUUGCUACCUCUUUCUCUCUCUUCUUUUCCAAUUUUGAGAAUAAGGGAAACCGUCGAAGUAGUAGUGUGAGGUGAAGUUUGAUGUCUGUGCCAUUGGAGCAAGGCUAUGGAGGGUUAACUGAGGUUCCUGCAAUGGAAGGUUCUCAGAGGACUAGCAGUGGCUUGAACCUUAAGGCUACUGAGUUGAGGCUUGGUUUGCCAGGUUCUGAGUCACCAGAAAGAGAUGGUGGUGUGGUUAUGGAGGACAAGAGUGUUACUGUGCACCCUUUAGGCAUGCUCAAGAGUUUGGUGUCUGGGGCUAAAAGGGGUUUCUCAGAUACCAUUGAUGGGGGUUCUGGGACGUGGCUUCUCUCUGGGAAUGCUGGAUCUGAGGUGGGUUUGGGUAAAGAUGGUGCCUUGUUCUCUCCCAGGGGUGUUGGUGUUGGAGCUGGCAAGGUUGAGUGUACCAAUCAACAAACUUGUGUUGUCAAAGAUAAAGUUCCUCAGUCUCCAAAGCCAUUGAAUGAGAAGAAGCCUCAGUUAUCUGCUCCUGCUGCAAAGGAACAGGUUGUGGGAUGGCCUCCAAUCCGUUCUUUCAGGAAGAACUCAAUGGCCACUCAGCCUCAAAAGAAUGAUGAUGAUGCAGAAGUCAAGUCUGGGUGCCUUUAUGUAAAGGUCAGUAUGGAUGGUGCUCCAUACUUGAGGAAAGUGGAUCUCAAAAACUUUGGCACUUAUCGGGAACUAUCUUCAGCACUGGAAAAGAUGUUUACUUGUUUUACAAUCAGUCAAUGUGGUUCCCAUGGAGUUUCUAAUAGAGAUAAGUUGAGUGAAAGUAGAUUGAUGGACUUGCUUCAUGGUUCAGAAUAUGUGCUCACCUAUGAAGACAAGGAUGGUGAUUGGAUGCUAGUUGGUGAUGUUCCAUGGGAGAUGUUCACCGACACUUGCAAGAGGUUGAGGAUAAUGAAGAGUUCUGAAGCAAUUGGACUAGCACCAAGAGCCAUGGAAAAAUGCAAAAGUCGCAACUAGCAAGAUGCAACUGAUACAGAAAGUUGGACUAUUAUUACCUUUAAGCAUAUCAUACCAGACAGAGGCAGGUGCAGGGCACAAGCUGGGACUUCUCUUCCUUGCUUUAUGUAUAAUCCUAAAUAUGGGAUCCAGGUGUCCUAAACAUUAUAGUAGGCAAUAUAUGUUUGUUGUAGACAUUCAAGGUUUCUUAAUUAGGUUUGUUUUUACUCACUUCUCUUCAAACACACUCAUUGUGGACAAGGUUGAAGCUACUUUAGUAUGUAAAUUUUGUAACUUAUGUUGCUCCCUCUAAAAGUUGAUGUUAGUGAGCAUUCUGACUUCAAUUUGCGCAUGAGAAAAAAAAAAAAAAAAGCAUCGUAGUUUGAUUUGUU